CUUAUAUGUUGAAGCAUCCACUUCAAUACGGCUCUUUCUGUAAUUCUGGUCGGUUUCAAUUUCACUCGGCGCGAUUCACCAAGCAUCACUCAAAGCAGAUUCAGUUUCAAUUCUCAGCUGUUAUAUCAUAUUUCAUUCUGCCGCCUCCACAAAGUUUUCACAAACGGCCGCUCUUCUACAUCACCUCGAGCCUCAGUCACCAUUACGGAGCCUCACGAACGCCCUGGACAGCUUCAAAAUGGAGCCUCCCGUGACGCCCCCGCGAAGGAUACAAUCCUCACUUCGGCAGACGCAUCGACACCAUGAAGACGCCACAAGUUACGCCUCUCCGCCUAAGACGCCAAUGUGGAGAUCAGAACGCCUAACACCGACGGCAAAUACAUCAAGAAAAAGGGGGAGAGAUACCUGGGCUCCGGCGACGCCGACAUCACUUCCGAGGCGCAAAAGACGCGAGGCUGUCACGGGAGUAUCGGCUGAAUGGGCAGUUGGAGAUGGAGAGGAUAUUUUCGAGGAUAACGGACCAGUGGGAACGGAGACCGAGGUUUCUAUUUCUCACGCAAUCGCAGCGGUCGAGCCUCUUGCUACUGGAGAUUCCCUCGGAAAUGAAAAGCAAUAUAUCGCAAUAGCCGUCCACUGGGAUGCGGAUGUCAUCGGGGUAGUGUGCCCCUUUUGCAUGGAGACGGAAAUUCACCUUAUGCCUCGCCCGAGCAACACCUCGGAUAUCGACCUGCGCGUUCCAGACUGUGACCCAGGAAAAACAUUCAGGCUCUUAUUUGCGGGUGAUGGCCAUCCAGCCGUGAAGGGUCGUAAGGCAAUUUGGACUGUCGAGAGACGAAGGUGGGAGGCUGUAUAUAUCGAAGACUUGUGCUCUGAGGUUUCUGAAGGAGGAAGCGAAGUUGAAGAACUCGAAGACAGCACAACGGAAGAGCCCAUCCGUUCCGGAGACCUGCAUCACGGCGACCCUGAAGAAAUCCUGGAAGAUAGGGAAGAGGACCAGAUAAGCACAUCGAGCGAAGGAGAGCUUCCCAUUACAGCUGAUAACGACGUGGACUUGCCCAUUGCAUUCUCUAGCGAUGAGAGCACAACGGAAGAGCCCAUUUGCUCCGGAGAUCAUAACCAUGGCGACCCCGAAGAAGUCGUCGAUGAUAUGGAAGUGGACCAGAUCAUGAUUCCGAGCGAAGGAGAGCUCCCCCUUGCGGCCGAUGGUGACUGGGACUUGCCUAUUGCCGUAUCCGAUGGUGAUGAAGAGGAGGCAAUAACGCUGCAGGAAAACCCUGAAAUUCUGCGCAUUGCAUCCAGCCUAUUCUUUAAACCGCCCCCCGAGUAUUUGACUCUCGGCCACGGGCAAACAGCCAUCGUAUACCGGCCAGUGGCUGUUAUCCCUGUUCCAGGAGCAGUGGAGAAGACAGUGGGCUUCCUGGCUCCGACGGAGUCUUCAACAAAUCGAAUAUUUACUCGAAGUGGCUGGAAGGGUGAGGAGAUAUCAGGUGCAGACUGCGCGUGGCUGCAAGACGCAUUGUGCACAAACAAAGAAGCACCAUGGCAAGAGUUAGCUAUCAUAAAUAAUAGCAACUAUACGGACAAAGUCAGGGAACUCUCUGCGCAUCUCGGUCUCGAGCCAAAAUAUCAUAAUUAUGAUAAAGAAAACCCCGUCGGCCAGGUUUGCUUCUCACAUGUUGAGAAACAACUGGUUGUUGUGGCGCUCGAGGAGCACCAGUCUUCAAGGCACCUUGCGUCCACGGAGUCUCUCGUCAAGCGCACGAUCUACCUGGACCGCGCUCCAUGUGCGGGCUGUCUGGAGUUUGCCAAGGCUGUAGAACGAACAGUUCCCCUCAGAUUCACAUUCAUCGUCAUGACGCGAGUCAUGAGCGAUGUGCAGGUACGCAAAAAAUUCGGAAAGAGAGAUCUGGGAAAGGAGGGGGAGGACAAGGAGACGGAUGAUAGUGCAGAUGACGAGAUAUCUCCCGACCACCAACAAUCGUCUAUCUCGGAGACGACGGGAAUGAACAAGGAGACGCAGGAUUCUGGUGAGGAAAGCGGGGACGUAUAUGAGGUGUCGGCAAUUAUUGGCAGGCGAACACUACACGGCGAGUUGGAAUACCUUGUGGAAUGGAAGGAGAUGUGGCUGAACAGCGUCCAGUUUCAGGCGCAGGUUGAAGGAUUAUAUGCCAAGGACUUACACGUUGUCUGCGAGAUGACUGGGCGGAAAGGCGAGAUGAGACGUCUGGUCAGAUGGUCAGAGAGUUGGAUGGGUUAUAAGGACCUGUACAACUCGAAGAAACUUGUCGAAGAAUACGAACGCAAAAGGGGUUUGAUGGAGUGAGCAGGGGGGAGGGGUGGGGUGUCAAGUGCGACUGUAGUGACAGCCGAUUCAAGAUGCAUCUUCACAGGCCAUAUUAUGAAUAUGGUUGAGCAAUGAUAUGGGAUUAAAAAG